AUGUCAUACACACUUGUCCACUUACACAACGCUUGGCAAGUCGACCAAGCAAUUAUAGCGGAGGAGGAGCGUGUUGUUAUUGUUAGGUUUGGAAGAGAUUGGGAUGCCGAGUGUAUGCAAAUGGACGAUCACUUGGCUUCGAUUGCCCAACAAGUCCAGCGGAUGGCUAUUAUAUAUGUCGUAGACAUCGACGAAACACCUGAUUUUAACGUGAUGUACGAAUUGUACGAUCCCGUAACAGUCAUGUUCUUUUUUAGAAAGAAGCAUAUCCAAGUUGACCUUGGUACCGGUAACAACAACAAAAUCAACUUUGUGAUCAACAGCAAGGUGGAUUUGAUUGCUAUAAUCGAAAAGGUGUAUACAGGCGCGAGAAGAGGGAGAGGUAUAGUAGUAGCUCCCAAGGAUUAUUCGACGCGCUAUAAUUAUUGA